ACGUGACCCAUGAAAUAAACGAAAUUUAGCAUGAAACAGCAGUUCUACCCAAACCCGGAAAGAAAAACUCGGAUCCAAAAUUCUAUUACAAAAUUCCCCGUUUAACGCGAUCAAAAAAUGAAACCCUAACCCUAAUUCCUAUCUCAGAAAUCACAUUUCUGUUAAUUCUAUGGAGCCAUCAAAUGAGACCGACAAAUCUAAUCAAGAUGAAGAAGAUUCUUUCUUCGACGCGCUCGAGGACUUCCCGUUUCAUGACUGCGCCAUUGCAGAGGAAUCAGAGCAAUCCAUCUCAGACUCCAUUCUUAGUGAAUCCUCGCCGGAGAUUCCAAAUCCAGCCACCACCCUUCGGCGCCGGUCAACAUCUCAUCGUGGAAUCUCCGGUACCGAGUCCAAAGACUCCAAUUCGGAGUCCUCCUGUAUCAGUUCUGACAUUACCCAAAACGACGCCAAAACGAGAUACAAAGAGAAAAGGUACAAACUUUAUCGCGAUUUAAAGGAAAAUGAGAAGAAUUUAGACGUCAUCGAAUCAACUCGGUGGAACGGGGACCGAGUCGACUUAGUUGGCGUUACAAGCAAGGUGGACGAGGAUGAAAAUGAUGACCAGAAAAUGGAAUCCAAAGCUAGUGUUCCCGUUGGUAACUUGGUUGACGAGGCAGAUGAACUCGGAGACCCAUCUGCUGAAAAUUUGCUUGAAUUUGUUGUUGGAAUGUUGAUCAAGGCAGUUGGAUUUCAAGUUAAUUUGUUUGUUAGUUUUAUUACAUUUCCUAUAUGGGCUUUAUACAGCUCCUAUAUGUUAGUUGUUGAUCCAUUUGGAGUCAUGAGGCGAGGCAGAGGAUUCCUUAUGCAUAAAUUGGUUUGCCUAUGGAAUUCAAUUAGUGGGUUGUUGAGUCCAUUGAUGGUCGACUGGUUAAAGGAGCAAAAAUCAAUAUGGAAGCUAGUGUUGCGAUUUGGGUUGGGUAUUUUUUGGUCCUCAUAUGUCUGUAUCAUCUUGUUUGGAUAUUUGGUUUUUUCAAUUAUGAUUAGUGGCUUUUUGGUGAGAUAUUUGGUGGAGAAUCCAAUAGAGAUAAAGAACGAGUUAUAUUUUGAUUACACUGAGAGUAGGCCAGUUGCAUUUGUGCCAAUAAUGGCAUGUGGUGGCGUUGGAUGUGGUGGGGAUUGUGAAGAGAAGAGUUUGGGGCCAAGGGUUAUACCUCCUAAUCAUAAGCUGCAAGCUAAUGUUCUAUUAACAUUGCCAGAGUCUGCAUAUAACAGAAAUCUUGGGAUAUUUCAGGUUCGAGUAGACUUUCUGUCCGCUGAUGGUAAAACUCUUGCUAGCAGAAGACAGCCAUGUAUGUUAAAAUUCAAAAGUGAAACUCUCCAUGUUCUAUUAACUUUCUUUAAGCUCGGUCCUCUGAUUACUGGCUACCUGUCAGAAUCCCAAACUCUGAAAGUGAAGAACAAAGGCUUUGUGGAAGGAGAUGUGCCUACUUCCUGCCUAAAAGUGAUAAUUGAGCAACGAGCUGAAUACCGUCCUGGUGCUGGUAUCCCAGAAAUAUAUGAUGCAUCCCUUGUACUUGAAUCUGAACUUCCAUUAUUUAAAAGGAUUAUAUGGUGUUGGAAGAAAACCAUAUUUGUAUGGAUCAGCAUCGUGGUGUUUAUAAUAGAGUUGCUGUUUACUCUAAUCUGUUGUAGACCUGUAAUUAUCCCAAGAUCAAGGCCAAGAAAUGUUCCUGCUGUCUACGAUUCAACUCCAAACAGACUCCAAAGACUGAGUUGAUGUCAAGAUUUAUGUGCACUUCGAUGAUAACGGUGGAGUAAAGACAUCGCCUCCAACUGCAGCAAUAACCUUUUUGUUCACGUCAUUAACUUACAGCGUGGCAUUUGAUCAACUGUUUUAAUUAGCUGUACCAUAAUGUACAUAUUAUUACCAAUCAAAUGAAUAAUUUGCAUAUGUAUUCAUUUUACAUUCAAAAAAAAUUCCUCA